AUGACGCUCACGGGUAGUCUGGUCCUCCUGGCAGCCAUUUGCAUCAUUACUUGGACGGCCGGUACCGUCACUGGCAACCCUUCGCCCUAUCCACAUCCAACGCUCGCACCAUCGAGACCAUCGACCUGUGGAGCUUACGGGCAGGCACCGUGUAGCUUUGUCCCCGCACCACCCGGUGUAACGCCGAAAUGUGCCUCACCGGGCACAACGUUUUGCGAAAUGACUCCAGACUAUCCCGCAUAUCUCAUCAAGCAGCUUAUCGACGCCCUCGGGUAUCAGGGAGUGAUUGCAGACGAAGAGCAGAUCGACUUCAACGCCAACAAGCUGCUGGAGGAAGAGGAACAUCUUCACCAUCAUUAUCAUCACUUUUACGCCUCGAUGCAGAGCGCACCGGAGGAGGAACGGGUGAAGAUGCCACCGACCGUCAAACCUUUCACCUACAAUGCCCCAAAUCGGCUCCAGAAGCAGCAGCAGCAGCAACAGUCGAUGCCCAUACCGCAACCGAUCUACAUCCCGAAACCACAGUAUUCCUAUCGUUACAACAGCUACGCGAAACCACCGGGACCAGCGGGGCAUUCCAAGUACGCCAGCGGUCCAAUGGCCACUUCUGGUGGGGGAUACUUUUACCCACCACCACCACCACCACCACCUCUGCCACUUCCUUCAGCACCGGUAACAGCGUACAGUCCUGCCGAUUGGUUAAAACGCUUCGCACGCGAUCUCUCCGAUCAGCAUCGGCGUGCGGUCCGGAUGGCAUCCCUACGGCGUGUCGAUGAAACGCUCAGUCCGUACGAAACGGAACCGACUCCGUUCCAUCUUCCGGCCGGUUUGUGGAAUGAAACAGCAAACGAACGUUCGAGAAGACAGACAGGACAGCAACGCGAGCAACUUUGUACUGUCCGCGAACGCUACAUCACACCGCAGACGGCACUCAACACUAAAGGGAACUGGAUGUUUGUGGUAAACCAGGACACCUCGCACCAGCUGGUGAAGACGGAAAUCUGCGAGUCAACGGAGUGUUCCAACCUGUGCAGCUUGCCGAUCACCUACCGAUCCCGGUGCGAGCAACGAUACGCCCAGAAGCGUCUCGUGACGCUCGAUCCGAGCGGUCGGACACUGUACGUCGACACCUACUGGUUCCCGAGUUGCUGCGUCUGUUCACUCUACUCUGCGGUCUGA